AAGACGACACGACACGACACGACACACAUCGCUACCAUGGCUCGCCUUAGCGGACUCCCCAGCGAGCACCACCACGAAGGUCCCGGUGACGCGCCACGACGCAGGCGGGGUCGCCCGUCGAAGAGCUCACAGAGCGCCCAGGAGGAGACGACAACAGUCACAACAGUCACAACAGGCAAGCGCGCUGCCUCGCCGCUCGCGUCGCAAUCACAGACAAAGCGCACGAAGCGCGUGCAGACGAUUGUCGAGGAGGAAGACGACGACGACGAUGGCUCCUCGCAGCUUGAAGCCGAGUUCAGGCAAUCGGUCACGCGCACGCAGCAUCCUGUUGAUGCCAUCCCUACCGAAGUGCAGUCGUCGCCCAUUGUGCGCCGCACCCGCCGCUUCUCAGAGCCAGUCGUGACCGCUCAAGAUGAGGAAGACGACGACGACAUGCUGGCUGGCCCCUCCACACAGCCUCUCGCGGGUCUGACACCACAUCUCGAUCGCCUCGGUGCCGCCCGCGGCAAGUUCGCCAGCCGCCGGCGGGAGCGUAUGUCCAUGCCCGCUCAGCUCCACGUUGAACGCAUCGACGAUGCCGAUUUCAACGGCCACCGCUUCCAAUACGCGCCUCUUACAGCCGUGCUCGAUGGCCGCACCCGCCGCCGCCUUCGACGCAGCCAUCUUAGCCAGGAGGUCAAUGACAUCGAAGACGACAGGAAGCGCGGCAAGAAGCAGCUGUUGGAGCUGCGCCGUGAGCUGAAGAAGCGAGACGACAAGAUCCAGGAUCUCGAGUUCCGCCUGGAGGCAAGUCGCUUGGGUAACAUCCAGAUGAGCGACGCCGAUCACGACGACCUGGCGCAACAACUGGAGGAUGCACGCAGGGAGCUUGACGAGCUCCGCAACUCCGAGGCAUACAUGGGCUCCAGCGACCGCGAUCUCAGCCGAGAGCUCGAUGGUUCUGCGGAACCUUUCGAGCACGACGACGACGAUGACGAGCUCAUGCUAGUCGACCCUGAAGACCUACACGUUUCCCAGGACCUCGAGAUGGAGUACACACCCAACGGCCGAUACGCAUCACGCGUGUUGGAAUUGUCACAAGAGGUUACUCUUGAGCACCUGCCUUCCAUCAGCCAGUUGCGCGUCGACACAUUGGAGGAUGAUGAUGAUGUGGACGUUCCCCACACCAUCCCCGACCAAGCCGUCGAGCGAUACGAGCGCGAGAUCCAAAGGUUGACGCAGGAGAUGGCCGAGUCUGUCGGCGCCCUUCGUGUCAUCACAAUUGAGAUCCAGAACCUUGGGUACUUGAAGAGGGGCGCCAGCAGCACCGACGUUCUCACUGCCCUGCGCAACGGCUUUGCCGACCUCCGCGCUGCUGUCGAGAAGUUCUUUCCCAACGAGACCCAGGGCAUCACGAACGAGCAACUUCUUCGUAAGAUCCCCAAGCUCUUCAGCGGUAUCUUCUACGAGCUGAAAGAGAAGACCGAUCUUGCUGCCAGUUCGCAGCAGAAUGAGGUGCUUCUGCGCCGCCAGUACGAGGGCGUCUUGGAUCUGCUUGGCGAGGCGGAGGAGCGCAAGGCGGAGCUCGAUAAGAAGGUUUACACACUCGACAAGAGCAACGAGGAGAAGCAGCGCACGAUCGUCGACCUUGAGGAGCGUGUUCAAACCUUGACAGAUCUAACAGAAGACCAGGAGGCGGAGCUGAGACAGAAGGACCUCCAGAAUGACACCCUGGUGGAGCAAUUUGAUGAGAAGGACAGCGACCUCGAGCGCCUUCGCGAAGCGCUCGAUGCGUACCGAACCGACCUCGACAAGCUCACGAAGACCACCGCUGAGGUCGAAACCGAAUACCAGGACCGUAUCGCGCGCAUGGAAGGAGAACAUGCGGAUAUCGUCGCCGAUCUCCAGGCGCAACUCGGUGUUGAGCAGGAGGGUCGUGAGGCUGCUGAGGAUGAGGCGGCUCAGAAGACCGACUUCAUCGAGGAGCUGCAAGGUCGCGUUGACCAGAUGGAGGCCGACUUUGGUUCCAUCGACGCUACACUCGCGGACCUGCGCGAAAAACUUGCCCUCGAAACAGCCGCUCGUGCCACUGCUGAGACUGAGCGUGACGAGCAGGUCAGCCUUGUCUACCAGCACACCAACACCAUCGAGAACCUCACCGAGACAAUCGCCGACCUUACCGAGCAGCUCGAGGCAGCGAAGGCCAACAUCACUACCGAGCGUGAGCAGCGCGAGACUACCGAAGCUGCUCUUGACGAAGCCAACGACAAGAUCGAAGAGCUCAACGAUAAAGCUCACCAGCUUGGUAUCCAAACCAACGAGCUCCGUUCCAAGCUGUUCCAGAUUCAGCAGGAGAAAGAGCAGGAGAUCGCGGAUCUUACAGCUGCAGCCCAGGAGCGCGAGAAUGAGCUUACCGAGCAGCUGAACACUGAGCAGGAGCUGCGUGAGGGUGCACAGCAGGCGAUAGCUGCUCUGGAGCAGCAGCUUGCUGUGCUGCAGGAAACCCUGGCCGCAUCUGAAGCUGAUCUCGCUAAGAUGACUGAAGCUCGCGACCAGCUCGAGGAGGACCGCGAGAUCCAGGUCAAUAACCUGAACAAUGAGCUCACUGAGUCGGAGGCAAAGCGUGCCGCGCUCGAGAGCUCGACCAGCUCUGAGAUCACCUCCCUGCAGGCCCAGAUUACAGACCUUACCAAUGAGCACGCCCGUAAACAGGCCGAGAUCCAGCGUCUUGCUGAGCGUCUCAUCGAGGCCGAGCAGACGUACGAGGAGGAGAAGGCCACAUUCAACGCCAACAUCGAGACCCUCGAGCGCGACCUCGUCGAAGCGCAAGCAGACAACGAGGCGUAUCGUAAGGAGAACGAGUCGCUCUCUGAUCGCGUCGGCCGCGAAGCCAUCGAGCUCCUCAACAUUACCAACUCCCACGCCGAUGAGACAGGCGCUCUGAAGGUUGUCAUCGCAACCCAACAGGAUACCAUAUCCGAACUUCAGAACCAGAACGCCAACCUCGCGACUAAGCACAAUACUAUCCUUUCCGACAAAGACGCUCAGAUCGAGGAACUGCACCUCCUCGCCGACGACCGUGCAGAGAAGCUCGUCCAAGUCGAAGCCGCCCGCCUAGACGUUGUGAAGGAAUUCGCCAAGUACGAGCAAGACACUCGCGAGACUAUCGACCGCAUGACCCUGCAGCAACGCGUCCUACAAGAGCAGAACGAAGCGCUUGCCGAAGACCUCAAGAAGCGCGGCGCCGAUGCCGUCGCCGCUGUUCGCGCAAUGAAGAUUCAGGGCCUCGAGGUCAAGACCAAGGGUGUGGACUUGCAUCGCGUUGCGACCGGCAAGGUGGGCAAGAUCACUGAGAAGGUCAAGGUUGGCAAGAAGAGCAAGGGCGUCCGCAAGGUUGCGAAGAGGCAGUGGGAUAGCGGAUUUGGUGUUGAUGAGAAUGUUGAGGAGGAGAUUGAUAGUGCGGAAGUUGGCGAAGCAGCUUAGACUUUGUCGUCUGAGUAUGCGUUGAUGAUGUUCUAUAUGGCUGUGCAGCGCUUCAGGUGUUGUUGACAGCGUUUCUUUGGAUCAGUUUGUCUUUGGAUAUCCACGCGGGCUGUUGGAUACAUCACAUCUUUACACGACUUGAUGAUAGCUUUUCUUGGCCUGAGAAGUGUUCGCUACAUGGCAGCUACACAUGGGGUGAGUUUUCCUUGCAUAGCGCGGCGUGUUUCUGGAUACAGUUUGGAUACAGUAUGGAAAACGGGUAUUUGGUAGUGUAGAUAAUCUCAUCGUCAUCUCAUCC